AGCGGCGGGGUCGGAGGUUCCUGCCCGGGACUGCGCCACGUCCGCGGGGGCCGUGGCCGCGCGGCUGACGCGGGCCGGGGCCGGGCGCGAUGGCGGACUGGGCUCGUGCUCAGAGUCCUGCCGCUGUGGAGGAGAUUCUAGACCGGGAGAAUAAGCGGAUGGCCGACAGCUUGGCGUCCAAGGUCACCAGGCUCAAAUCGCUGGCCCUGGACAUCGAUAGGGAUGCAGAAGACCAGAACCGGUACCUGGACAGCAUGGACUCGGAUUUCACAAGCAUGACAGGCCUGCUCACGGGGAGCGUGAAGCGCUUUUCCACAAUGGCGAGGUCUGGGCGAGACAACCGGAAGCUUCUGUGUGGUAUGGCCAUGGGCCUCAUCGUGGCCUUCUUCAUCCUCUCCUAUCUUCUGUCAAGGGCAAGGACGUGAGCCACGAGGAGCUGACUUCUGUGGGUGCCUGGGGCAACCAGGGCCUUCCCCUACCUGGUGUCCUAGGCUCCAGAGGACCCACCUACAAAAUAGUCCUUUGAAAUGAU